UUUUGCAACUGCGAGGGCACAGCCGCCAAUUGACGACAUUCAAAACGUCAGACUGUUGUCAUUCAGUGAAGCAGACGGAAUGACGACGCUGGAAUUCAAACGAGACCUCGAGGCGUGCGAGCCGAAGGACAGAAGCAUUGAGGAGGGAACAACUCGAGUCAUCUUUUCAUACAACCCUAACGAUCCCGCAUCGGAAACGGUAGUAGACAAGCACACAUUUGCUGGGAGAGUCAGUGUCAACCUUCUGAGUGGAACCGGCAAUGUAGAAUCGGCGUCUCUAGAACAGGAUCACCAGACUUUCGACGUUCUCAAUCACAAUGUAUCUGUGCCAGCUCAGCCCACGACCUACUGGUGCACUCCAUAUAAGCUGCCUCAACUGCAGAACGAAGCUCAUAUAAUAAGAUUUGAACCAGUAGUGCAAGCAAAUCACGAGGAACUAGUACAUCACAUCCUAAUUUACACGUGCCAUGAUGCCGUCUCUCCUUACCUCGAUAUGUCAUGGGAUUGCGACAAUCCACCAGACUCUGUACCGGGUUCGGUUCGAGGAUGCCGUGGAAUGUCACAAAUUGCAGUAUGGGCCGUUGGAGGAGCAGGUAUUACUUUCCCAUCGCAAGUGGGGCUUCCCAUGAGUGGUCAGACUGGCACCCAAUACGUUUUGAUGGAAACUCAUUACAACAACGAGCAAAGCAGAGCAGACUACGUGGACAACUCUGGAAUACGAAUAUAUUACACUCCAAGCAAACGGCAAUACGACGGUGCGGUUUUACAAUUUGGUCACACAAUCACUGCUAGUCUCUUACUGCCGCCUGGCAAAGAUAACAUCAUAACAAGAAAUUUAUGCCCUGCAUCGUGCACUGAAGCGGGACUUCCUGCAACUGGAGUGAAUGUAUUUGGCACAAUGCUGCAUUCGCAUACUGCCGGUAAAGGAAUCUGGAUCGAGCACAGUCGCAAGAGCGUCCAACUUCCCAAUAUUGACAGCAACUACAAUUACGACUUCAACUUUCAGGAUAUAGUGCUGUUGAAUAAUGAAGUCAAGAUUUUACCUGGAGACGACGUUCAAGUGUUUUGCGACUACGACACAUCAGCUAGAACGCAAGUGACCAUCGGUGGACUAGGCACCUUGGACGAGAUGUGUCUCGCUUUCCUUUUAGUGUAUCCUCGACCGCAACUUUCUGUCUGCCUGAGCCAAAUUGAUAGUGCGAAUUUUAUCAAUUAUAUUUUCCAGGCUGCAAUGAAGGGCUACUACAUACACCUGGUGAACUCUACAGCAGAUGGAGCAACUCAAGGAAGACAGUUUGUAGAAAGCCUUAAAAACAUGGACUUUAGCAGCGACGACGCGUACACUCUCUGGUAUGAUGCAUACUGGUCUUCUAAGAGUAGGCAGUACUUUUGCAAUGGUGCGUUUAGCAACAACUUAUUGGGAGCAGAGGAUGGCAAUACGACCCUGUUGCCUGAAAUCACUCAGCCCCUGACUGAUGCUCCUACAUCUGGAACACUCAAACCAUGCACAAGCGUCCUAUCAGAAUCUCCAAGCACAUCUGCUCCCCAGACAGAAACUCGAAGCACAUCAGCCGCUCCAACAGAAUCUCCGACCAGCUCGGCUCAUGAGUCGAUAUCUAGUUUGCUCUUGGUUGAAGAAUGGAAGCGGAGGUGGGAAGAAUGGAAGCAGGAGUUGGAGGAAUGGAAGUUGGAAAAUGGAACUCCAACCGGCCACUGUAGGCCUCCGUAGUUUUGGAUAAAAUGGUCUAGACUAUUGAAGGAAAGAACGAGCGUGGAUGUAUGCCUAUACAUACGUUGAUGUGCACGAGAACCAUUUUUUUGGUCGUUUGCGUUGUGUUAACUGUGCCGCGUUUGCAAUGAUUGAUGUCUUUUAGAUGUUGCUUAAUUGUGCGUGAGUAGAUAGUGAUGGCGCAUGGCAUUGUAAUUUUUAGAAUAACUGUUUUUAAUUCAAGAGCGGCAAUAGUGUG